AUGACAAAAUCGGAAGGACAAAGCAUAUGUAAUCGUGAAGUUAAAUUCAAUCCAUCGAGAUCAACUUUUAAUAAUGAACUCUAUGAAUUAUGGCAAUGUAAUCAAACAAGUGAAUUUAUUCAAAAAAUUAAAUAUAAAUUAGUUAAUAGUCUUCAAGAAUUAUUUCGAGAUAUAUUUCCAUAUGCUGGUUUAUACAUUAUUGGAUCAACAUUAAGUGAAUAUGAAUCAAGUUAUAUUUUACAAAAAAUUUGUGAUAUAUUUCAACAUGGAGAAUAUUUUCGACAUGUAAAAUUAGUCAAAAAAACAUUUCCAAUACUUAGAUUUUUUGAUUUAUUAACAUCUAUGACAUGUAAUAUAUAUUUAAAUGAAGCUGUUACUAUACGAAAUACAUAUCUAAUGAGAUUUUAUUCUGAAUGUGAUCAUCGAUUACCAAUACUUAUUAAUAUUAUUAAAUAUUGGGCAUCAAAAUAUAAUCUUAAACAACGAAUACAUUAUAGUUUUAAUGGAUAUUGUCUUACAUUAAUGUGUAUCUAUUAUUUACAAAUAGCAAUUUUACCUUCACCAAUCGUACCUCGUUUUAAUGAAAUAAUAUCAAUUAAUAAAUUUGAUAAGAAUAUUGAUAUUCGUAAAUUAAAUUUAUUUGAUACAAUUGAUUUAGCAAAAAUAUGGAUAUCAAUAAAUGUUAAUGUUGAAGUAGACGAUUUAUUUAUUGGUUUUCUUAAAUUUUAUGCAAUCGAUUUUGAUUUUCCAAAUAAUGUUAUAAGUAUACGAACUGGAAGAAAAAUGAAUAAACGAGAAUUAAUAAAUGAAAUUGAUCGAAACAAUCGAUAUGUUGUUAUUGAAGAACCAUUAAUCGGAACAAAUGUCGCUUCAGGUAUUUCAACUGAUAAAAUCUAUCAAGAACUCAUAGAAAUAUUUCGCACAACUUACAAUAAAAUAUCAUCAACACAUCGUCUUAUUUCUCUAUAA